AUGCAAUCUUUCUUUGCAAAGUCGCAACAGGCGCAAAAGGCAGACGGCAAGAAGACGUCGAAAAACAAAGCCCCUCCUCCAUGGGUUGAAAAGUACCGUCCAAAGUCGCUGGAUGACGUCUCGUCACAGGAUCAUGCCGUGACUGUUCUCAAACGAACUCUCGGCUCAGCCAAUUUGCCACACAUGCUAUUCUACGGCCCUCCCGGAACUGGAAAAACGUCGACCGUGCUCGCCCUGGCCAAAGAGCUGUACGGACCUGAACUCAUGAAGGAUCGAGUGCUGGAGCUCAACGCGUCGGACGAACGAGGAAUCGCCAUCGUGCGAGACAGCAUCAAGAAUUUUGCGGCGCAGAAGGUGGUUGCACCCAAAGACCAUAUUGCCGAAAAGUACCCCUGUCCGCCAUUCAAGAUCAUCAUCCUGGAUGAGGCAGACUCCAUGACUACAGACGCCCAGAGUGCUCUGCGACGAACUAUGGAGACGUACUCGGCCCAGACCCGGUUCUGCCUCAUCUGUAACUAUGUGACCCGAAUCAUCGACCCGCUAGCGUCUCGAUGCUCCAAGUUCCGAUUUAGACUGCUGGACGGAAACGACGCCCUGGCCCGUCUGCGGCACGUGUCUGACGCUGAACAGCUCUCCGUGGAGGACGGAGUGCUGGAGAAGAUCCUGGAGGUGGCUAACGGAGAUUUGCGUCGAGCCAUUACCAUUCUGCAGUCAUGUUCGCGUCUCAGCGGAGAGUCUUCAGCUGCUCAAAACGACGAAGAUGGAGACGCAACCAUGGCUGAAACUAGGCCCAUCACUAUUGCCGAUGUGAACGAGACUGCUGGCGUUAUCCCCACAGAGACUCUCAAGGCCAUCAUCAAGGCAUGCAAAGACUCCAAGGGACCCAUUGGAGACACUGUGCCCGACAUUCUCGUCGCUGUCAAGGAACUGACCUACUCUGGAUGGAGCAGUGCUCAAAUCACCUCGCAAAUGCAUGACCUGAUUAUCACCGACGUGUUGAUUGAAGGUAAGGAAAAGAGCAAGAUUGCCGAGCUGCUGUCUGUCACCGACAAGCGUCUGGCUGAUGGAGCCGACGAGUCUCUGGCUAUGCUGAAUCUGAUUGUGGGUAUUGCUGACGUUCUAGGAGCAGCAAAGUAA